AUGGCCGGCCGCGGCGGGGCGAUCGCGCUCGUCGCGCUGUGCGUGCUCGAGCUCGCGCUGCGAGGCGCCGGCGCCGGCGCCGCCCCCGCCCCUGCCCCAGCACCGGAGCGGCUCGUGCCGGCCAUGUUCGUGUUCGGGGACUCGACGGUGGACGUCGGCAACAACAACCAGCUGCCCGGCUGCAAGCCCGAGUGCAGGGCCAACUACCCGCGGUACGGGGUCGACUACCCCUCCUCCGGCGCGCCCACCGGCCGCUUCAGCAAUGGCAAAAACCUCGCUGACCACAUAGCCAUCUUCCUUGGAUUCGACGAGAGCCCGCCUGCUUUCCAGUCCCUCUGGCUCCCGGCCAUGGGCGCCGUUCCACAACACAUGAAAGGCGGCAUCAACUUCGCGUCCGGAGGGUCCGGCCUACAAAAUACAACGGGCCGUAACUACUGUGGGCGACCGGUGUACAGCAUGGCCGACCAGCUCGAGGAGUUCACGUCGGCCGUCGAUAUGAUGGGGGAGGACUCGGGCGACCUCAUCUCCACAUCCCUCUUCUUCAUCAGCGUCGGCAGCAACGACCUGUUCGAGUACGCCUAUCCCUGGCCGACGCCCUCCGACCGCAACGACACCGCCUUCCUGGGAUGCCUCGUCGACCAUUACAAGACCUACCUGCAGGAGCUGUAUGCUGCCGGGGCGAGGAAGUUCAGCAUCGUCAGCCCGUCGCUGGUGGGGUGCUGCCCGUCGCAGAGGGCGGUCGCGCUGACACAUCACAACGACACCGACGAGUUCGGCUGCUUCCGCGCGGCCAACGACCUCUCCAGGCAGCUCUAUCCCAUGUUAGCCUCCAUGCUCCAGGAGCUCAGCCGUGAUCUGGACGGCAUGAACUACUCCCUCUGCGACUCGGCAGGGAUGGCCGCAAGGCUCUUCACGCCCGGCGGCGGGUCUGGCUUCAACCUGACGGUGCUGGACACGGCGUGCUGCGCCGGCGCAGGGCGGUUCGGGGAGGGCCAGUGCAACAGCUCCGCCACGCUCUGCCCGAACCGCGCCAACUUCAUGUUCUGGGACGGCUUCCACCCGACGGACGCGGCGGCGUCCCUGGCCGCGCUCGAGAUCUUCACCGACACCGGCAACUACCUCCACCCGAUGAACGUGGGGCAGCUGGCGGCGCUGUGAGCGUGGAGAGAGCCGCGCAAACGAUCUGGCAUGGCCAGUUUCUACGUGCUCCGCCGAAGUCUUGGUGUUGCUGGUAAUUCCGGAAUAAGUAGAGGUGUGUGACUACAGAGUGUCAAAUUUGAUCCGGAGAUGCCAAUAAUUUGGUAGUGCCGGCGUGCUUGUUGUUAUCCCAGAUCAUGAUCUGGGAUUCGUUUUCACAU